CCCGUUCCCGGAGAACCCACUGAAGGAAACAAGAACGGAAAGCGUCUCCACGUGGCUCCCGAGGCCUGGCAUCUCAGCAUACUUCCCUGAACCCUCCAUUCUCAUGAUUUACAAGAUUACUCUGCGACGCUACUGCACCUAACCAAGGGAUACUGCCAGUUGGGGCCGUCUUGUCCAUGAACAAACACGACCGAUCACUCUCCAGCCUCGAGGUGAGCAGCGUGCACAGCGCGACGACUCAAAACCUCUACGAUCUCGGACUCCUCAGCCGCCCUGACUCAAGGUCGCGAUCCAGUACAAAGAGUUCAAGGACGGUGCAGCAGUACAGCCACAACUACCAACACUAUCCGCGAUCCCGUUUUGACGGCUACCCUCCUCGCACAGGCUCUUCGCUGAGCGGUGCGACCCUCAAUAGCAAUUUCAAACAGUCGAGCAUCUCGUCCGGCACUUUGGGGAGGCCGCAUACCCCCAACGAGAGUCGCCCGCGCACCAAAGACCGACGGACUCCGGCCUCGCCUGCCGUGAGCGUUCCCGGUGCGGGCUUUCCUAUGGCUGGCAUGUUCGAAUCAGAUCGCGCACGGUCGAGAAGAGAGAGGACGUUUGUCGGCGGAGAAUGCGCGGCCUGUGAAGAGUUAUUGGAACAUACACUAAGAGGGGAGAGGGUAUUGCAGUUCUCAUGUGGCCAUGUAGCCCACGAGGCGUGCUUUUAUGAGUACAUCAAGGACUCGGACGCUCAGUACUGCCCGGCAUGCGACGCACCGCUGGGUUUGGAUUCGUUUCGUGGGGGAAGCAUUUUGGAUCUCAGCAAGUUGAGCAACAUGGUACGAGCAGUUGCGCAGAAGGAUGUGGCCUCUCCCAGAAGCUCACAGAAUACUCCGAUGCCAUGGGACCGGCAUACAAGCCAAGGCCAGGAGGACGGCUAUAGUACUCGAGAUAUAUCCCCUCGAGAACUAUCCACCCGCGACUUGUCCACUCGACAUAGCCGCGAGAACUCAAAUCGAGACAGUCGAGACAGUCAGAGGAUGCGAAUUGAGCGCUUGGGAAUUGGACAAGCGGUCACCAACGGUCAAGGACGUCCCCUCCAAGCACCAUCUACUAUGACCAAGAAUACUAGCCAUACGCGUAAUGACAGCGGCGGUAACACUUCAUCGACGGACUACGCCAACGAUCAUCUGAGCCAUUCACGCAAGCACGAUUACGAUCUUCAUGCCAUGGAGACCACCGUCUCUGGCUCGCAGCUAAAAGACGCCAAACAGACCAUACCCUCACCAAUUGUUACUGUGCGUAGCGAAUAUCCUACAUUGACCAGGUCCAGACAGCAGCAGAGCCUGACCUGUCUUGUAACAAUUGAAGUCCCAGACUUUAAAUGGCCACCACAACUUGAGGAUCCACAAACACCACCUGUCCCUCCUCUUCCUACAGAUUCCGGGAUUGGCAUGCCAGGCAGGGCGAGACCUGACCUUACACCUAGCCACCUUGCCUACGAGUCUCCAGAAGUUCUAGAGGAGAAGACAGAAGAACUCCGGAUCCGAGUUGAUAAUUGGCAUGGACUGGAAUUUCAGCGGUUUGGAAAUCUCCGUCUGCAUGGAGUCGUGAGGGUUGGAAAAGAUCGGCAUUCCUGGCAGGAGCUUGAAUGCUAUCUGUUCGGUGAGAUGCUGAUCUGUGUCAAGGAGAAGAAGAAUUCUCAUCCGCCAAUCAUACUCCAAUCGGGGCGGAAGUUGACACGGUGCACGCUGAAAGGAUCCAUCUUGAUCAAGAGGCAUCUGAAGCAGGUACAUGCGUCUCUCGACGAAAACAUUCUCACUUUGAACCUCUCAGUGGCAGAACUACCGACUUUCCACCUGCUAUUCCAGGAGAGAGAAAAGCUCGAAUUAUGGCAAAAGGCUCUCCGAGAUCUGAACUCGUCAGACAGCUUGUCACAAUACCAACAAGACUAUGAGCAAGAUACCUCCGGUACCGACGACGAUGAAUACGGACGACAGAAUCGAACAGUUCGGCGAGUACCUUCCGUGGCCUCAUCAUAUGGAGGACCAAAGUCUGCCACGACCGCAGCUACUGAGUACUCGAUGCAAAGGCCACUUGUGGAUCGAAAGAUUCCUCCUUCAUUGCACGUUCCUAUCGAUGUCGUAGUUGUGAUUCCGGUAUCUUCUUCGAUGCAGGGUCUGAAGAUAUCGCUGCUCAAAGACACCCUCCGGUUUUUGGUUUCCAAUCUCGGCGAGCGUGAUCGGAUGGGCUUGGUCACCUUUGGCUCCAGUGGUGGCGGUGUUCCCGUGGUUGGCAUGACCACGAAGACCUGGCAAGGCUGGAACAAAGUCCUCAACUCGAUACGUCCCGUUGGUCAGAAGAGUCUGCGAGCCGAUGUGGUUGAAGGCGCUAAUGUGGCCAUGGACCUUCUGAUGGCACGAAAGGCUGCAAAUCCGAUUUCGACCAUCCUCUUGAUCAGUGACUCUACAAGCUCGGAUAGUGACAGUGUCGACUUCGUGGUUCAGAGGGCGGAAGCUGCCAAGGUCGGCAUCUACUCGUUCGGUCUAGGUCUCACCCACAAACCCGAGAGCAUGAUUGAGCUUUCCACUCGGACAAAGGCGUCAUACCUCUAUGUUAAGGACUGGAUGAUGCUGCGUGAAUGUGCUGCCGGUGUCCUCGGUGCACUCCAGUCCAUGUCGCACCAGAACGUAAAGCUGAAGCUCAAGUUACCGGAAGGAUCUCCAGGUAAAUUUGUAAAAAUCAACGGUGCUCUACAAACGACCAAAAGAUCCACGGGAAGAGACGCUGAGGCCACGCUGGGGGAUCUACACUUUGGCGACAAACGGGAUAUCCUGGUACAGUUGGCCAUCGACCCUGACAUUUCGUCACAAGAGCCCGCACCUCAAGACCCGUGGGAGUCGAUCGUGUCUGGGCUCGAAGCUCUGGGAGGGUCACUGGACACUGAAGACCAAAGAGUGCAAAGUGUAGAAGAGGUACCCCUUCUGCAGGCCGACCUGUCGUAUGGGGAUCUCUUGAAAGAGGGCUCGAUUAUGCAGCUGCCACGGCCGUCGCUGCUUGCGAUCACCAUGUUACCUGCGCACCCACGGUCCCGCUCGAGUAGUGGACGACCCUCGUCCCCUCCCAUCCCGCCUCACCCGAUGAUCGUGCAACGACGCAUGGAGUUGCUCACUUCUGACAUGCUCAGCCGUGCACUGACGCUGGUGGCACGGGGUCAACACGAACGGGCACAUCAUUUGCUCAACGAGACGAGGACGAUUCUCAAGGGACUAGGCAAGGGUGGCCUCCCACCGCUCCCGCCCGGUGCUCCUCCUCCGAUGAAUAAGAGGCACUCACCAACAUCGGCCAAGGCGGCGUCGAGUCCGAGAAGCGAGUCGUCGGAAGGAGGCAUGGGUAUGGGCGGCAUGCGGGAUCACAGUCCCCACUCGGAUUCGAGCACGCCCAUCCCUCGCACGACGGGUAUCGAUCUCGCCACGAUGAAUGCCCUGGACGCCGACAUCGAAUCCAGCUUGGAAUGGAUCAACCACCCCGCCGUGUUCUCUCGCGAUUCUCGCAAAGCAGUCCUUCAAGCCAUCGGUGUCAUAUCCUCUCAACGAGCCUACACAUUCCGAUCCGCGUCAGAGUCGAUAUGGGCCGAUCGUCUCCCUGGAGUCAAACGGUUGACGGACCAAUCGAGGGAAUGGCGAGAAGUGGGAGACGAUUCUUUGACUGAAGAAUAAUGAUUUUUCUGACCUUCUGAUGAUAUGAUUUGUUUUUUGCUUUGCGAUGUUGUUUAUACAGAAACCCCUUCUCGUGUGAAUGUGUACGGCACCAUUCACUUGUGUUUUUGGUUAUUGCCAUCACCUAUCAUUUUAUGGUCUACUAUGUUUUUAUCAAGUUAUCCACGUCCAGCGAAGAACUUUUUGUAUCUUUUUGUCUCCGCCAUAGCCUUUUGGUUUUUUCUUUUACUGGUGGUCAGGGAAAGGAACAGGGACGGGAAUGGGAAGGGAGAGGGUUGUCCCUAACAUCGGCGACAACGAUGAGGCAAGGAAAGGACGGAAAAAGAUAAGAGGCCCUUUUGAGCAGGCUUUGGCUUGUUUGAUCGUCUGCCUCUAGCGGGCUUCCCCGUCUUCAUGAUGUCCUCAUACGAGUACGGCUGGAUUAGUACCGCGGUUUUUUGUAUUGUUGCAAAAAGCGAAAAAGACGGCGUCGCCAAAAGUGCAACUAUUCUCUCUCAUGACGGUGGUCAAAUGUGAUCGGGCUUAUGAAGCUUGUUGACUUUAUUGUUUUUGAUUGUUUAUACCUACUAGAGAUAUUGGCUUACUGCCCACCACCGUUUUGUACGCCACAGUGUUGGCUGAGAAUCGGCCGAAAUGAUAUUAAUU